GAGCUUUCCAGCAGACAGAGGACAAGAGAGACAGAUCUGAGGCAGUGGCAGGGCGAAGACACACACCAGCAGGAAGAGAAAGAAGAGAGAGGUUGCAGAGGGAAGACUUUAGAAAGGAGUCUAUUUCGAGGAGGAUUUUAAAGGUGGCCGCAGAGCGCUUGUCGCGUGGCUGCAAUUUAACACGAAGAAGAAGAAAAGUUUUUACCGGAAGAGAGGGCACGUUCAGCCUGAAGCAGCCACGGACACCACGUUAUUUUCCUGGAUGCCUGUUUAUUACGCCGUACUUGCAGAGCUUCUCUGAGAGAUGCAGAGUGCAGGAGGCAGCGCUGCUCAGGCUCAUCCUCUUUUUGGGGGAGCUCUGUCGGCUGUCAUACCCCACAGCGCAACAGACGUCAGCGAUCUGAGGGAAAUCCCGGACAACCAGGAGGUGUUUGCCCACGCCCACACCGACCAGAGCCUGAUCGUGGAACUCGUGGAGUACCAGGGUCAGGUGGCAGACCACGAUGCGGCCAGGUACCACUUUGAGGACAUCGCAGGCAGCAACAAGGCUUUGGAGCCAGGUGCCUUUGAGGUCACAAGCGUUGCGGCCCUGCCCAAAUCCGGGCUGUCCCUGUCCGAGUGCAGCUCUGGCUGGAUGUUGACUGGGACACAGUGUGUAUCCAAGUUCAACGAAGAAGCUAGGAAUACAGUGACACUUCACCUGGGUCUGCUCCGUCUUCCGCAGUUCUCCACAGAUGUCCUGGUAACCUUCAACGACCCACAGAAUAUCAGCCCUGACAGCAGCAGCGCCUCUGCUGUGGGGAAACAACCGUGGACAUUGCAGGACUUCCAGUGUUUGUUACAGACUCUGACUCUGCACAAUCCCGGGCUGUUUGGAUAAAUUAUAUCCUGGACAUUCAUAGUCUUUCUCUUAAGUUUUGGCUGAGAAUAAUCCAGUCCAAGCCCAGCAGAAGAUUGGUGAGAGCAGUGGUCCUGCCCAGUAUAUAUAGGAGCUCAUGUUCUGCUUCGUUCUAGCAAAUGAACUGAACUGAAAACCACAUAUCUGUUGAUCAAAGUUUUUGUCAUUACAAAUGCCUUGGAAUAAGACUGUUGUAGUCUCGCUGUUGUUGGAUAUCCCAAUUGAAGUUUAAUUUGUGUUUUUGUUUAUGAAUAACAAAAGUUAUAGGCACGCUUGUGAUUUUGCUCCUGCAUCUGUAUUCCCACUGCAUCCUGCUAUGUUCAGCCUUUGUCUAUUACUUCAAUUAUUCUGAUAUACUGUUGCAGCCUUUGAACCAGAUACGCAGAUUGCAGAUCAAAGAGAAGGGCACAUAGAAUAUAUAGAGUACAUAUAAAUCACAACCUAACCUCUACUAAAAGUUCACUUAGUGACACCCGACUUGUGCUACUCCUCUCCAAUCUCCAUAUUUCUUACGGUAUGGCUCUAUUCACAACACAAGCGAUGGCAAAGGUCAGAGUAGAAGUCAGGAGGUUGAAGGUGAAAUGCCGUCCCUCCAGAGUCGUUAAAAUGCGAGGUAAUACUCAUGGAGCCGUGAGCGCACUUUGGUCAUAAACUCUGAAAAGUGAGAGGGCAAGUCCAGCAGGAAUAUGUAUUAGGUCAGCUGUUUCCAACAUCCCAGCAGUGGCCUCAUGGUGGAAGACUUCAUUAGUCUGACUCUUAAAAACUUUUGAGGGACUUCAUUCAAGAAUGAGUCUGGUGAGAUUUAUGGAAUGGCAAAUUACCUUAAAUAAGGGAAGCUUUGAAGUGACAACCAAUCCUUUCAGGUUUCAAUACCAUAAUUCACAGACUGUCUAAUCAGAGACAUUUUCAGGUAGUCUACACGUGAUGUUAUUUGAAAAAAAAUGGUUUUAACGUGAGCCUGCUGUUACAUUCAACUCAUCACAGCAGGGGAAUGCACUUAAUUCUUGCAUAACAAAUAUAAGAAAGUACACUUUGUCUCCCCAAAGCCACAUCAAACCCCCUUCAUCCUCUGGUGCAACCAUGAUGGAUUAAGAUCUCAUUAGGGCCGACUUCCUUUCCUCUCAGUGGUCCCAGAGGAGCACAUUCCUUAUUUAACCGCAUCACAACAGCAGGGCCUCCUUCUCACUACCUAAAAUAAACACGCAGUCCACAGAUUUGUUUGUAAUAAAGUCAGAAAAUGUCUUUCAGACGUGAUGAGGUUUUGGGAGAAGACAUUUGACUUGCAGAUUAUGGCAGUUUUGUUAAACAUGGAAAAAUACAGACCAUCUGGCCCUUUGUUGCUAGAACACUUUUCCUAGAAAACAUCCAUACAAAAUGUCUCAAGGGCAUCGUAGAGAAAAUUGCAACAAACCACUCAUAGUAUCCGAGUAUAAUUUAUCUAUUUUUAUCAAUUGUCAAACUCUCUGGAGGCAGAUAAAUAAAAGAAAAAAUAAACAUCAUAUAUUUCCCA